AUGCUUACAGUCAGCAUACAUUAUGGGUUAGGCCAGCAUGCCACCUUCCUUACUGAGCCUCAACGCAUCCAGGCAAAUAAAUACAACUGGCUAUCGCAGGGAUUCCACGUCAUGUCAACCAAUUUUGGCAAAGUGUCCAUAGCACUGUUCCUACUACGGAUCAUCGUCAAUUCCCGGCCCCAGAAAAUAUUCCUCUACACCAUAACGAGCAUGCUGGUUAUCAUCAAUUCCGUUUGCGUUUUUACUAUCUUCGGCCAGUGUACGCCAACUCCACGCCUUUGGGAUUCCAGAGUUGCCGGACAUUGCUGGCUGCCACAUUACCAGAGGGAUUUUGCGUUUUUCCAAGGCUCAUUUUCUGCCCUCUCAGAUGGCGCGCUCGCGAUAUACCCCAUCUUCAUGAUUUGGAAUCUACAGAUGGAACGGAGGCUCAAAAUCGCAGUUGGAGGCGUCAUGGCUUUGGGUAUUGUCGCCAUGGUGGCCGCUGUCAUCAAAACCAUAUUCCUCGCCAGCCUCACAGCCCGAAGCGACUAUACCUUCGACACCAUAUCGCUCACCAUCUGGACAAAUACAGAGCAAUAUCUAAUCAUAAUAGCAGCCUGCAUACCGCCUCUCGGACCCCUCUUGAAACUCGCCAUGGGCAAAACCCCCACCGCCCAAAAGUCGGUAACUAGACAAGCAUCCAGGGCAAAGUCCGGCUCCCAACAUGGCAACCGCGCCGCGUUCUUGCCAAAGGACUCCCUACUAACCACGAGCGAGUCACAUUGCUAUCCGCUGCGAGAAUAUGAAGGAUCCAAGUGGGCGUUGUCUAGAGGACGAUCAAAAAGACAAAGACGAGCAGCCGACGGCAAAGGGUCGGAGGAUAACAUCCUGUCAAACGCCCACGAGCAGGACUGUGGUGGUAUCAUAAAAACCACCGAGGUGCAUGUUGAAAGUGACAAGGAUUCGCAGCGAGACUGCCAGAUUUGA